GGAGUCGUCCGACAGCGAACCCGAGGCCGAGCCCGGCUCCCCACAGAAGCUUAUCCGUAAGGUGUCCACGUCGGGCCAGAUCCGGCAGAAGUGUUUGAAGCUAUGAAGAGGUUAUCUACAUACUGGAGAAGGGUGCUUUGUAGACUGGUUGCCUAAAUUCCAACAGAUCUGCAUUCAGGGCUUCAAAAAACAAUGUUGACCAUCCUCAAAGAGGGCAUGCUGACCAAACAGAACAACUCGUUCCAACGAUCCAAAAGGAGGUACUUUAAGCUUCGAGGACGAACACUGUACUAUGCUAAAACUGCAAAGUCGAUCAUAUUUGAUGAGGUAGACCUGACUGACGCCAGCGUGGCAGAAUCUAGCACCAAAAAUGUCAACAACAGUUUCACGGUCAUCACUCCCUGUAGGAAGCUCAUCUUGUGUGCCGACAACAGGAAAGAAAUGGAAGAUUGGAUUGCAGCACUCAAGACUGUCCAGAACAGGGAGCAUUUUGAGCCUACCCAAUACAGUAUGGAUCAUUUCUCAGGGAUGCACAACUGGUAUGCCUGUUCCCAUGCACGGCCAACCUAUUGCAAUGUGUGUCGUGAGGUUCUGUCUGGAGUCACAUCCCAUGGGCUGUCCUGUGAAGUGUGUAAGUUUAAGGCUCACAAACGGUGUGCUGUGCGUGCAACCAGUAACUGCAAGUGGACCACGUUGGCUUCAAUUGGGAAGGAUAUCAUUGAGGAUGAGGACGGGAUUGCCAUGCCCCACCAGUGGCUGGAAGGAAACCUGCCUGUGAGUGCCAAGUGCAUUGUAUGCGACAAGACUUGUGGUAGUGUGCUGCGCCUGCAGGACUGGCGCUGCCUCUGGUGCAAGGCCAUGGUUCACACAUCGUGCAAAGAGUCCUUGGUGACAAAGUGCCCACUUGGACUGUGUAAGGUGUCUGUCAUCCCUCCCACAGCACUCAACAGUAUUGACUCUGAUGGGUUCUGGAAGGCCACCUGUCCCCCGUCUUGCACAAGCCCCUUGCUGGUCUUCGUCAACUCCAAAAGUGGAGACAACCAAGGUGUGAAGUUUCUCAGAAGAUUCAAGCAGCUGCUGAACCCUGCCCAGGUUUUUGACCUCAUGAAUGGAGGACCACACCUUGGCUUACGGUUAUUUCAGAAGUUUGACACCUUCCGGAUUCUGGUUUGUGGCGGGGAUGGCAGUGUUGGCUGGGUCCUCUCUGAAAUCGACAGUCUCAACCUUCACAAACAGUGUCAGCUAGGUGUGCUGCCCCUGGGGACAGGGAAUGACCUGGCCCGUGUUCUCGGCUGGGGCUCUGCCUGUGAUGAUGACACCCAGCUCCCUCAGAUCUUGGCGAAGCUGGAGAGAGCCAGCACUAAGAUGCUGGACAGGUGGAGUGUCAUGGCAUAUGAGACCAAGCUUCCUCGGCAGGCCUCCUCUUCCACAGUCACUGAAGACUUCGGCGAGGACUCAGAGGUGCAACAAAUUCUCUUCUAUGAAGACUCGGUUGCAGCCCAUCUUUCUAAAAUCUUGACUUCAGACCAGCAUUCCGUGGUGAUCUCAUCAGCCAAAGUGCUCUGUGAGACAGUGAAGGACUUUGUAGCUCGCGUGGGCAAGGCCUAUGAGAAGACGACAGAGAGCUCACAGGAGUCGGAGGUCAUGGCCAAGAAGUGCUCUGUCUUGAAAGAGAAGCUAGACUCUCUCCUCAAGACCUUGGACGAUGAGUCUCAGGCUUCAUCCUCUCUGUCCAACCCACCUCCAACCAUUGCUGAGGAGGCUGAGGAUGGGGACGGAUCAGGCAACAUCUGUAACUCUGCUGGGGACCGGCUGAUGGGCUCGGCAUGCCCCUCCCGGCCACAGAUCUUCCGGCCUCGGGAGCAGCUAAUGCUGAGAGCGAACAGCCUGAAGAAAGCAAUUCGCCAGAUCAUAGAGCACACAGAAAAAGCGGUGGAUGAGCAGAACGCCCAGACCCAGGAGCAGCAGGGUUUCGUACUGGGCCUCUCUGAAUCUGAGGAGAAGAAGGACCUGAAAACUGAUAAUAGGGUGUGCCCGACAUCUGCCCAUAGUGAGAGCUGUGUGGUUGCCAAGGGGAGGAGCCACCGCAAAGCAUCCAGAGCCCCUUGUGAAAAGCUAACGAGCAAAGGUCUGUCCCUUGGCAGCUCUGCCUCCCUCCCUCCCCAGACAGGAAGCCGGGAUGGCCUGCCUGCUCUGAACACCAAGAUCCUGUAUCCAAGUGUUCGGGCAGGGAUGUCUGGCUCCUUGCCGGGGGGCUCAGUCAUCAGUCGCUUGCUAAUUAAUGCUGAUCCCUUUAAUGCUGAACCUGAAAACCUAGAGUACUACACAGAGAAGUGUGUCAUGAACAACUAUUUUGGCAUCGGCUUGGAUGCGAAGAUAUCUCUGGACUUUAACAACAAACGUGAUGAGCACCCAGAGAAAUGCAGGAGUCGGACUAAGAACAUGAUGUGGUACGGUGUCCUGGGCACCAAAGAACUGCUGCACAGAACCUACAGGAACCUGGAGCAGAAGGUCCUGUUGGAGUGUGAUGGGCGCCCGAUUCCCCUCCCGAGUCUUCAGGGAAUUGCUGUUCUCAACAUUCCCAGCUAUGCCGGAGGGACCAACUUCUGGGGGGGCACCAAGGAAGAUGAUACUUUUGCAGCUCCAUCAUUCGAUGAUAAGAUUCUGGAGGUGGUCGCUGUGUUCGGCAGCAUGCAAAUGGCUGUGUCUCGUGUAAUUAAGCUACAGCAUCAUCGGAUUGCCCAGUGUCGCACAGUGAAGAUCUCCAUCCUGGGGGACGAGGGCGUGCCUGUGCAGGUGGAUGGAGAAGCCUGGAUCCAGCCACCUGGGUACAUUCGGAUUGUGCACAAGAACAGGGCACAGAUGCUGACCAGAGACAGGGCCUUUGAGAACACUCUGAAGUCUUGGGAGGACAAACAGAAGUGUGAGCUGCCCCGCCCACCAUCCUUUUCCCUGCACCCUGAGAUCCUGUCUGAGGAGGAAGCUACCCAGAUGGACCAGUUUGGGCAAGCAGCAGGGGGCCUCAUUCACAGCAUUCGGGAAAUAGCACAGUCCCACAGAGACAUGGAACAAGAACUCGCACACGCUGUCAAUGCCAGCUCCAAAGCCAUGGAGCGAGUAUAUGGCAAGCCC